AUGUCUGCCCCCACGCCCAUCACCGACCAUACCGCCGCCACGGUCAUGUCAACAGCUCAACCCACGCACGGGACAGCUGGGCCCUGGUAUAUGUAUUGGGUCAAUCCAGCCACUAUGGCGCCCAUACAGAACCCAUUCUUGUCCUUGCACUAUUGGGACUACCACAAUGCUACUGGCAGCAGCAAUGACAGUGGAUGCAACUUCAACGCAAUGGAUCAGGAAUCAGUAGAUGAAGACAUGCGGCUGAAGGCAAUGGAGGAAAAGUGGACGCAGCUGAUGGCGGAAGCAAAUGAAGAUAUGACUGAAGAAGAAAUCCUGCAGAACCUUGACCAGCGGCUCACAGCAAUGGAGGAGAUGUGGGCGCAGCUCACCGCAGAUGCAGAGGAUGAAGUAACAGAUGAGGAAACCCUGCAGACCCUUGAUGAACGCUUGGCAGCAAUGGAGGAGCAUUUGAUGCAAAUGAUAGCGCGAGCACAAGCUCAUAACUAG